GAGGAGCAGCAGCGUGCUGCCUCCUCCCUCCUCCUCCUCUAUAUUUACUGGCCGCCUGUCACAGAAAGCGGCUUUUUACCCAGAAGCAGUCCUUGGUCUACGCAGCGCUUCACCUUUUCCCCACCGUACUCGUCUCCAUCUCCGCAGACAUGGACCUGGAAGUGCUGAUGUGCGCGGCGCUCUCCAUCCUUGACGCGUUUGCGCUCUAGCCGUGCGCUCCCAGGGCCCCCCGACGCGCGUCCCGCUUGGUGACCGAAAAGAGGUGAAGGUGGUGGAGAGAGGAGGGGAAAGAGGACUUGAUAUUAUUUUUUUUUGACAUCGCCGUGAAGGGAGAGGAAGAAGAGGACAGCAGAGACCGAGAGAGCACGCUACCGGUCGUGACAGCAGAGGCCGUUUCAGGAUAUCGGACAGAACAGAGAGUGGCUUUUUUGUGUGUGUGUGUCCUCCAUCAUGGCGAGUGACUCUCCAGCCCGGAGUCUGGACGAAAUCGACCUAUCAGCUCUGAGGGAUCCCGCUGGCAUCUUUGAGUUGGUUGAGCUGGUAGGAAAUGGCACCUACGGGCAAGUGUACAAGGGUCGCCAUGUUAAGACGGGGCAGCUGGCAGCCAUCAAGGUCAUGGAUGUCACCGGGGAUGAGGAAGAGGAGAUUAAAGCCGAAAUCAACAUGCUGAAGAAAUACAGUCACCAUCGGAACAUCGCCACCUACUACGGAGCUUUCGUCAAGAAGAACCCUCCCGGCAUCGAUGACCAGCUAUGGCUGGUCAUGGAGUUCUGUGGCGCUGGCUCGGUGACAGACUUGAUCAAGAACACCAAGGGCAAUUCUCUGAAGGAGGAGUGGACCGCUUACAUCUGCAGAGAGAUUCUCAGGGGUCUGACUCAUCUCCAUCAGCACAAGGUCAUCCACAGAGACAUCAAGGGACAGAACGUCCUGCUGACGGAGAACGCCGAGGUCAAACUAGUGGACUUUGGAGUUUCGGCCCAGUUGGACAGAACAGUAGGAAGGAGGAACACGUUUAUCGGGACGCCAUAUUGGAUGGCGCCUGAAGUCAUCGCUUGUGAUGAAAACCCCGACGCCACAUACGACUUUAAGAGCGAUUUAUGGUCACUGGGAAUCACAGCGAUAGAGAUGGCUGAAGGAGCGCCACCACUGUGUGACAUGCACCCAAUGAGAGCCCUCUUCCUCAUUCCACGCAACCCGGCGCCCAGACUCAAGUCAAAGAAGUGGUCGAAGAAGUUCCAGUCCUUCAUAGAGAGCUGUCUGGUGAAGAGCCACAGCCAGAGACCCAGCACAGAGCAGCUCCUCAAGCACCCGUUCAUCAGAGACCUGCCCAACGAGAGGCAAAUCCGCAUCCAGCUGAAGGACCACAUCGACCGCACCAAGAAGAAAAGAGGAGAACGAGAUGAGACAGAAUAUGAAUACAGUGGCAGUGAAGAGGAGGAUGAAGAAAGAGACAUGGGUGAACCAAGCUCCAUUAUUAACAUCCCUGGAGAGUCGACCCUGAGGCGAGACUUCCUGCGCCUCCAGCUGGCCAAUAAGGAACGUUCGGAGGCGCAGCGGCGGCAACAGCUGGAGCAACAGCAGAAUGAGGAGCACAAGCGCCUACUGUUGGCCGAGAGGCAGAAACGUAUCGAGGAGCAGAAGGAGCAGAGGAGGCGGCUAGAAGAGCAGCAGCAGCGAGAGCGAGAGCUGAGGAAACAGCAUGAGAGGGAACAGAGGAGACGCUACGAAGAAAUGGAGCAGCUCCGUCGAGAGGAGGAGAGGAGGCAUGCAGAGAGAGAACAGGAGUAUAUCCGUAGACAGCUGGAAGAGGAGCAGAGGCAGUUAGAGAUUCUCCAGCAGCAGCUACUACAGGAACAGGCUUUAUUGCUGGAGUACAAGCGUAAGCAGAUUGAGGAGCAGCGACAGGCGGAGCGGCUACAGAGGCAGCUGCAGCAGGAGAGAGCCUACCUGGUGUCUCUACAGCAGCAGCAGCAACAACAGCAGCAGCAGCAGCAGGAGGGACGACAAGCAGAGAAGAAACAGCUUUACCACUACAAGGAUGUCAUCAAUCCUAAUGACAAGCCUGCCUGGGCAAAAGACGUCCUGAAGCAGCAGCAUGCUCACGGUAACCCACCUCGCUCCCACCUUCGACAUCACCAGUCAUUCAACCAACCAGCACCAACCUCCAGCCCUCACGGCCGACCCAGAGCUCAGGCCCCUAGGCGAAGCCCCUCCCAUGCUGCCCAACUCCUCUCCAACCACCUCCCCCAUAUUCGCAUUUCAUUAGAACCUGGGGAAUCCCUAGAUCCAGGGUUGAAGCAGGAGAUAAGUCAGCAGGUCAGGGAGUUUCGGGCGCAGAAACACGGCGAAAGGGGUCGCAGCCCGAGGCGGGUUAGUCAAGGACCAGUCAGUCAGCCUAAUCCAGUACCCAACCCUUAUUCACCUGGUCCUAGCAAUCAAAAAGAUAAACACAGAGACAGGCCUCUAUCUGCCCCCAAUCAGGCAGCCAUCCAGGGGCUAUUGUCUCCAGACCCACAGGCUCUUCAUCUGCAUCCUCCAGGAAAGGUCCAGAAUCCCCACUCUGGUUCUAACCCUGUUUCCAACAAUAUGCUCAAACCGGUGGAGGAGCGAUCUAAGCUGAACAGACAGAGCUCCCCAGCGCUGCAGCACAAAGUGUCCAACCGCAUCUCCGACCCCUCCCUCCCUCCCCGCUCCGAGUCCUUCAGCAGCGGGGGCAUGCAGCCCGCCCGCACCCCACCCAUCCACCGCUCCGUCGAACCACAGAUGGCUCACCUGGUCCCAGUGAAGACCCACUCCAGCUCCAUGUCCGGCUCUCAGUCUCUGCAGGACCAGACGGGUUCAGCUCUGAGCGAAGGUGUCAGCGUUGGCUCCCCCAGGCCUGAGAUGCCCCGUCAAAACUCGGACCCCACCUCAGACACCCCGGGACCCCCACUGCGCAUCGCCGGCAGAGAGGAACGGGACCGGGAGCGGGAGAGGGACAGGGAUCGGGACAGAACUGCCUGGCUGAGAGAGGAGGACAUUCCACCCAAGGUCCCUCAGAGGACCACAUCCAUCUCCCCAGCCCUGGUCAGGAAAAACUCCCCGAAUGGAGGAGUGGGUCUGGGCCCUCGCACAGGUUCUCAGCUCAUACGGGCCAGUAACCCAGACCUGCGGCGCUCGGAGCUCUCUCUGGACGCCAUGCUGCAAAGAACUUCCUCCAACUCGUCAUCUUCCUCCUCCCCUUCAUCUCAGGGAGGCUCAGCCGAGAGGAGAGGUCAAACCAAGCAGGAAGGAUCCCCUCCAGGAGCCAAUCAGGAGGCAAAGCCCAAACAGGAGGAAGGUCGUGAGUCAGCCAGACCCAGCAGACCUGCAAGCUAUAAGAAAGCCAUAGAUGAGGACUUAAGUGCACUGGCUAAGGAACUCCGAGAACUGAGAGUAGAAGAGGGAAGCAGGCCUCCAGUCAAGGUGACAGACUACUCAUCCUCCAGUGAAGAAUCAGAGAGCAGCGACGAGGAUGGGGAGACGGUGGGUCAUGAUGGGACAGUUGCAGUUAGUGACAUCCCUCGGAUCAUGCCAGCAGUGCAGAGCAGCGGUGAAUCGUAUGGAGGGCUGACAGAGGACCCUCUGGGAGAUGCCUAUAAUAGCUCCAAGGACGGUACUCUAGUGAUGAGAGAGGCAGAGGAAAGGAGGAGAGGUGGUCACACUGAGAGUAAUGGGUUCGGGAAUCACAGUAACCAUGGUAACCUCCCUGACCUGGUGCAGCAGAGCAACUCUCCGUCAGCCACACCCACCACAGCGCUGCAGGAGCUGAGCGACAUGGCCGAGUUUGGUGUGGGCGGGUCCAAAGCAUCAUUUACCCCAUUUGUUGAUCCGCGGGUCUAUCAGACCUCCCCAAGUGAUGACAAUGAGAACUCAGCAGAAGCCAUGUUUGCCAAUGAGCUGCUGAGGCAGGAGCAGGCCCGGCUGAACGAAGCCAGAAAGAUCUCCGUGGUGAAUGUCAACCCCACCAACAUCAGACCUCACAGUGACACGCCAGAGAUCCGUAAAUACAAGAAGCGCUUCAACUCCGAGAUCCUGUGUGCUGCACUCUGGGGUGUGAACCUGCUGGUGGGGACAGAGAACGGUUUAAUGCUGCUCGACCGAAGUGGACAAGGUAAAGUCUACAACCUGAUUACCAGACGGCGCUUCCUACAGAUGGAUGUGUUGGAGGGCCUCAAUGUGCUCGUUACUAUAUCUGGGAAAAAGAAUAAGUUGCGGGUCUACUAUUUGUCCUGGCUGAGGAACAGAAUAUUACACAAUGACCCGGAAGUAGAGAAGAAGCAAGGUUGGAUUACAGUUGGAGAGCUGGAGGGCUGUGUGCAUUAUAAAGUUGUUAAAUAUGAAAGGAUUAAGUUCCUGGUGAUUGCUCUUAAGAACUCUGUGGAAAUCUAUGCCUGGGCUCCAAAACCCUACCACAAGUUCAUGGCCUUUAAGUCAUUCACUGAGCUGCAGCAUCGACCCCAGCUGGUUGACCUCACAGUGGAGGAAGGUCAGAGGUUAAAGGUCAUCUACGGCUCCAGCGUGGGCUUCCAUGUCAUUGACGUGGACUCGGGCAACCCUUACGACAUCUACAUCCCCUCACAUUGUGCCAAACAGACGAAGAUCCAGAGCCAGGUUACGCCUCAUGCCAUUGUGGUGCUGCCGAAGACUGAUGGAAUGGAGAUGUUGCUGUGUUAUGAGGAUGAGGGCGUCUACGUCAACACCUACGGUCGAAUUACCAAGGACGUGGUGCUACAGUGGGGAGAGAUGCCUACCUCUGUUGCCUAUAUCCAUUCUAAUCAGAUAAUGGGCUGGGGUGAGAAAGCCAUAGAGAUCCGCUCUGUUGAGACAGGCCACCUGGAUGGAGUCUUUAUGCACAAAAGAGCCCAGAGACUCAAAUUCCUGUGUGAGCGGAACGAUAAGGUAUUCUUUGCAUCUGUGCGUUCGGGUGGUAGCAGCCAAGUUUUCUUCAUGACACUCAACAGAAACUCUAUGAUGAACUGGUGAUGUGUCUUCCUGUCCACCCUGCCUCACUCCUUCUCCCAUCGGCCAACCUGGCAACUGACCUUGGCCCGCCGCACAUCUCACAAUUCAACCCGAUCGACCCAAGAGGCCACAGAUGAACUAUUUUAACACUGGAGUGACUAAUACAGUGUAGAAAACAAAAGAAGCUAUUUUAGUGGGAAAAAAAAACCCAACAAAGACCAGUCGUAAAUGAAGAGACAAAGUUAUUAUAGAUUAAAGCCGGGUCAUGCAGAAGCCAUCGUUACUCAAACUGACGGGCAAACUGGGGCCACUGACUUUCCAAAUAUUCUUCCCUCUUUCUCUGCAACUCUCCUGUGACCCCCCCUUUUGUCUCUCUUCUCUCCAAACGGACCAGUGCAUUCAAGUGUUCAGCAGCUGUAGAAAUACACUUUCAACCCUGCCCUCCUUCUAUCUUCAUUUUCUCCCCUCUUCUGAAGCCUUUGCUCCUUCCCGCUAGAUCAAAUCACUUUAUCUGUCCUUUGAUACCCAUGUCCUCCAUUUUCCUCAUUUCCUAUCCACCACGUGUGGGCUCAUUCGCAGGGAAUUACACCUCAGAGGCUGCAAGAGCGGUGUGCGAAUACAACUUCAUCUGAAUUUAAAUAUACUUCUGUGCAGUGAGGGCUAGCUGAGAGAUGACAAAUCUGCUCUGGAUGGUGGCAAUGAAAGAGGACAGCCUGAUUGAUUUUCUUUCUCCUCUGUCACUCCUCUUCCUCCUCCACUUCCUUCCUCUUGCCAUCUUUUUGGGUAAACUGAAUUGUGAUGAUGCGUUCGAUCGCUAUCUUCCCAAUAGAGAUGCAGUGGGACACUCUGCUAUCACAGGCGGGUUGUGACAGAAUGAAAAGAUGAUGUCCCCCUGUUUUUAAAAAAUGAAAUCAGUAAAUCACUGGUCCAUCCCUUUCUUGCGCUUUCCUCCCCCUCUCACACAGCAUUAUCACGGUCUCCCCUCUCUUCACUCUUUCUUCUUUCAACUCUGAAGGUGCUGCAUCAGAUAUACUGUAAUAUUAAAUGAACAAUGCGAGCGUCAUUCUGUUCAUUUCUGUUCUUUUUCUUUCUCUGUGGAACAGUUUGGAGUCAGUCAGUCUUUGACGUUUGACGAAAUGUACAGCACAUCUGUCUAUGAAAUCAGGAGUGUGUGUUAGUGUGUGUGUGUGUGUGUGUGAGUGUGUCUGUGUGUUUGACUUGGUGUUGAAAUGAGUCCCAUUCGAAUCAAGUCGGAAUCAAAGUAGGACGUUUUAAUCUGAUGUCCAGCAAGAGUCAAGUAACUUUGUGUGUGAGCUUUUACCUGAAAGCGAUCAAAGCAACAUUGAGUGUGUUUACAUGCAGAUUUCAUGAUGUUUUCUUCUUAGGAUGAAGUUUAUGAGUUGGUGUGUCUGAACACCAUGCAAAUAGGCAAUAUUAGUGGUUGAUUUUUUUUUUUUGGAGUACGUCUUUUCUGUUUCCUUUAACAAAGUAGUGUGUUGACCAUUCACGGAUGCGGCCGCGUGGCUGCAGGACUUACGAUGCAUACAAACAACUUAUCCUGGAUACGACCUCAGCAGGAUAUGAGCUAAAAUCCCAAAUACUGUGUGCAUGUGGAAGCACUCAUUGUUGAAAACUGUGUUGUCCUUUUCGAAUCAUGCUCCUUCCUGGUUGGUUCUUCUGACUUUGGCUCCUAACUGUUUGUACAGUGCCUAGCAUGAUGUAAGCAAAACUUAAAUGGAGGCCAAAAGAUUAUUGCUCACAUUAUAACUAAUAUUUUUUUUGCCUAUGCGGUUACAUUACAGGGGUUUUUGUUUGGGUUUGUGUGUGUGUGUGUGUUAUUAUCUAACUUUAACACGUUUCUGAUGUUAUUUGUCUCCUCUAUCGGAGAUGUACAUUAACAAAUUUAUGACUUGAUUUACUCUUUGAAAGGAGCAACUGAUAAAACCUUGGCAUUUCCUUCGAAAUACUUCGAGCAUCACAUCAAUGCAUUUGGUAUUAAAGAGCCAUAUUAUGCAAAAUCCAGUUCGCCAUUGUUUUAUGCAUUGUUAUGUGUCCCAAGUGUGUCUACAGACCCACAAAAUAGGAGAAAAAAAUACCCCUCGUGUAUUUCUGACCAGCCAUUAAAUUUUGCAGCCCGUUGUGAUGUCACAGCGGGAUAUGCUCCACCCUCAAUUAGCUCCUCCUCCUCUGGGCAGCCGCAGCUCAUUUGGAUUUCAAGUUAAAGACACUGAAACAAGCCAUUUGAAACAAUGUGUGCAGUAUUUUGAGCUGCAACUCAGAUACCGUCAGGACAUGUGAGCUUGUUUAAAAGGAGUAUAAUAUGGGACCUUUAAUCUUCCAGCACUAUUAAAGGUGGACUAGUUCAGGUUUAUGAGCAACAAAAUGCAGUUUGGUGUUUUAUUUCUUGUAGAUCUACUGCAGUAACCAGGAGAUCCACUGAUAUACAACACAUAUGAGGGUAAAGUUGCUGCUAAAGAGGCACAGUGGCAGAUUUUCAAGCCUUUGGUUUUACUUUUUAACCUGGGGACAACUCGUGUAGAAGACAAUCACUUAAAGACAAUUUAAAAUAACAAAUCUAGGCCUCAUAAUUAGCCUAAAUAAUGCAACCUGGUAUAUUUUAAGCAGUUUUUUUCUAAUCAAAAGCUUGAAAAACUGCCUUUAUUCUACUCUUUAUUUUGGAGUAAGUUUACACUUACAUACUGCAGUUUUGCCAGCAUAUUGGUGGAUGGUGAACAAACAUGAGGUGAUGCAUAAAAAGAGACGUAUUCCCCAAGGAUGUAAAGUUUAUUCUGUUAGAUUAUUAAAUGUUUUUUGUUGCAUUUACACAUCCAUACAGUAGCUGUUCCUGUGCAGCUCAAAGUUAGGUUCACUGGUCUCUGUUAGGGGGAGCGGGCUAACAUUUUAGCAAUAAAGAGCCGAGCUGAAGAAAACCACUGUCUUCCCUGUGUGUGCACGCAUGCAUCUCUCUGUGUGUGUGUGUGUGUGUGUGUGAUUAAUGAUCAAGCGUGAAUGAGGCAUUAUUACUGUGUUCGGUCCAUCGUGGAAUUCACUGUUCCCAUUGGAAAAAUGCUGACAGUCAUUACACUGAGGUCUCUCCUUUCAAAGAUGAAACCACUGUAUUCUUUAUUCUGUUUAAUUCUCAUUUUCUUUUAUUUUGAAAGAGCAUUACUAAUGUCCUGUUUUGGGAUUUAUUUGUUUUGUAAAAGAGAUGAUGUAAGAGAGAAAUAAAUGAAACUAGCAUUA